AUGGAGUGGCGCCGGACAUCCCAGCAGACCAGACGUCCCAGGGUCUUCAUACAGCACCUGACCGCAAUGGGCAGCUUGGACAGGUCCGAGUCAAUUCUCGAUUUUUCUGCAAAGUGGAUGAAGAGGUCUAACCUUCCAGAUGUCACGGAAAGGAAACUCUUCGAGUGCCGAUGGUGGUGUAUGAGACUGGCGAGAGCUCGCCACUACACCCAAAUGUUUCCGGAAAGUGAUGGCUGCGAUAUCGUGCAAGCAAACCUUCGAAACUUGUUUGUGCACUGCCACGACGUGGACGAAUCUGUGCGUCGGUCCGCGCACCAUCUUAUUCUGAACCACGCAGGCCUUGGCAGCCACCCAUCUGUGCAGCGACUGAUUGCGGAUGCCAUGCUGGGCUUAAUGGCAGACCGGCUACCAGAGACCGCUGAAAUUAGCGAAGAGAACUCGAUCCAGGUAUUGCGAUGUUCAUUGCCUCUUCCAUGGGUUUUGCGUACACUGACGAAGUCUCAGCGUCAGAAAUGGGUGUCCUUGCUUGUCAGACUCCUGGAUCCGAAGUCAUACCAGAGCACACUGAUUGAGCACCUCACGCUCCUAUGGCGGGCUGAUGACGAUCCCAGACGAAGCUACGCAGAAGCAGACCAUCAGCUGCAUGCUUUGUCACAGCUUUCCAGCCGUGAAGUGAAGGGAGCGCUGUUCAGACUCCGCAUGUGCUGA